AUGGAGGUGGAUGUCACCCCUAAGAGUAGACCACUGGCUACAAACCCAGGUACCGAGAGCUCAGAGAGGAGAUCCACCAGGGAUGCUGCAGUGUGUCUGGGGCUGCUGUGUGUUCUCCUACUGGCUGGGAUCGUAGGCCUGUUUGUCUACUAUAAUGGAGUGAUGGGCAGUUUUGAGGAGAACAUCUUUGUUAAUAAAACCAACUCCUCGGCUGAUCAAGACCAAUUCCAGACCAAGUACAAUGCCAUGACUAAAGAGAGGGACCAACUCCGGGUUGAGAGAGAUCAUCUCCAAGCAAAGUUCUCUGUGGUAGAACAACAUGCACAACAGGGAUGGAGGUAUUACAAGUCCAGUUUGUACUUCAUCUCUACUGAGAUGAAAACCUGGGAGGGGAGCAGAGAGGACUGUCUGAGGAGAGGAGCAGAUCUGGUGAUCAAUAACAGCAGAGAGGAACAUGUAUUUAUCCAUGGAUUGAACAAGGAGACGUUCUGGAUUGGUCUGACUGACAGAGUUGAAGAGGGGAUCUGGAAGUGGAUGGAUGGCACAGCAAUGACCACAGGGUACUGGGGCAGGGGACAGCCUAAUAGUCAUAAGGGAAUGGAGGAGGAUUUGUCCCCGUGUGUACAGCCUGAGACGGCCAGACAGAUCUGUUUCUUCUCUAACCUGUGA